AUGGCCGAUGGGUUCACUAGGGAACAUGUCAAGUCCUUGAUUUCUACUGUGAGAACUGAUUUUCUCAAUCCAUUUUCUACCCGCGAACAAUUGCACCUUCUGCAGCCAAACGUGAAUCUGGUAGAUUCGGAUCCACUCUCUGAACUACAAAAGCUAUCUCAGAUCAUUAAAGCACACUCAACGAAAGUUGGUAUAGUGUUCAAUCCAUCUAAAUUCAAUGACAAUGUGGAUGCGGCUUGUAACGAAUUGCAGCAGUUUAGCAAUUCUGUAUUCUUCCUCGUCAGUCUUUUGCCCUUGUUUUACAAAGGAAAGUACCCGGAUUAUUUGAUAGAUGAACUCGACUCAUACGUGUUGGGUUUAUUCAACGGUAUUUCUGGCAUGUGUGAUGAGAUCGAAAAGCUGACACAAGGGGAGGAGCUUGAAGCAGUAAGCAACUUAGCUGAAAGCCCUGAUGCUGAUGGUGUAAGGUUAAUUUCUGUGGGCAAAAUGUGGGCUUCGUGCGAUUCACUUUCUGGGUUAGCCAAACAAGGCAGUUUUGGUCUUCUGGACUCGAAAAUUCGGACUAGCAUCAAACUUCUUAACGACACGCUUUUAGAAGUAGAGGAUUGGUUGUUGGAUCCUCAACUCGAAUCAGAUGAUCCCUUUGGUCUAGACGAAGUUUCAGAAGGUGAAUCAGGAGAUGAACGGGCGGCGUCAGAUGAUAUGAUUGAAUUCGUCAAGCAGUGGCAAACCAACCUUAAAAUGAUAAAGCUGUUACUGUCCUCAUUUUCCAAGUCCAUCACAUCACAUGAAUACAAAAACACAGAAAAGUAUGCCUCCCAGUUAUCUAAAUUAAACCGAAUGCAUAAGCUUGUUGCUGAAAAAGUUGAUGAGCUGAUCUCGACUAUCUUCAUGCUAGGUGCCGAUUUCGAUAAGGAGGAUGAAGAAUUAUGCGAUAUUACGCAAGCUUUGAAUAGUUCCCUGAAAUCGAUUCUUCAAAUAAUAAGAACACUCAAUGGCACAGAUCCAAAACGAGGCAAGUGGGUUGACGUUUGGGAGGGGAAGUAUUUCGACUCAUAUUCGGUUCGUGAAAGUUUAGGUUGA